AUGCCGGCGUCCCAUCUGUUGCUUGUUCGUCAAGACCAGGUCGGCCACCUGAAUAUAAGAAAGAACAUUGGGGAAGUUGGGUUGUGUCGCGAGAAACAUCUGCGAUGCGACUCGCUCGAAGAUUAUGUUCCAGAGCCAGGUGUUGAACCUCCUCCCUGUACGCGCUGUGCGGCGUCAGGGAAGAAGUGUGUCCGUGCCCGAGCGUUGCGCUUCAAAUUUCACUUAUGUCCCAAAGCCGACCGACGCUGGGUAGAAUUACCGCGACGGUUUUACUUUGUGAACGAAACAGACGAAGUCAAAGCUUUCUACACUUUGCAGAGCGGAAGCACACAUUACCCCUUCACAGCCCAGAACUCAGAAGUUGAAGUUCCCCAACCCCCCGACGCUCCCAAGACCCCUAUCAUUCCUAACUUGGGGCGAGCGCAAUGUACAUAUCCACAUAAUCCAACGGAAGUCACAUUACUUUCUCCCAAUGCUUCAACAAGUACUCUGUCACCGUAUAACACAGUCCCAUCACCAAGGGAUGCUAGGAGCUAUGCAUUCACGCCCCACGACUCGCUGGUCGGUCUGGCCAACUCAGACGGCUACGCCAGCCUUGCAUUUCCACUCCGCGAUGCCGCCGAGGUGCGCCUGAUGAGGUACUAUCUCGAGAAAAUGUGCUUUUGGUUCGACCUGUGCGAUGAAGAAAGGCACUUCGCCUGCGAAGUUCCACGAAGGGCGAUUACGUGCCCAACAUUACUCAACGCGAUCUUUGCGCUCUCCUCGAGACACCUCAGUAUGAACGAGCAGUUCGAUCAGUUUGCUGCUGACCGCUAUCACCAAGAGUGCCUGAAUCAACUCUCGACCAUAUACACGGAUCACCAAUCGGCGCUCGCCAACGAUGACCUCCUAGCUGCGACCAUCCUUCUGAGGACGCUGGAGGAGAUGGACGUCCCACUCAUCGGAGCAGACCACGAGCUACAUCUGCACGGCAUCCAGUUGUUUAUGAACACGCCGGACCCCUCACCACCUAUAGCCAGCGGUCUCCGGAAGGCCUGUUUCUGGACUGGCCUGCGCCAGGAGAUCGUCAUGGCAUUCGUAAACCAGCGGCCGGUCAAGAUCAAGCUGGACCACGCCUUCAUCGACCGCUCCCUCGCCCCCGCCAACGACGACGCCUGGGCGAACCGCAUCAUCAUGCACUGCGCCGACGUCACCCGGCACUGCUUCGGCGAGGCGGAGCACGGCGUCGCCGAGUACCAGGCGCUGAAGGAAUACGACGCGGCGUGGCUCAGGGCGCGCCCGGUCUCGUUUCUGCCGCUGGCGUACUGUGAGCCGGAUCAAGACCGUGGCGAGGUUUUCCCACAGAUUCUCUACUUGAACAGUGCUGUUGUCAUCGGGAAUGCCCAUGCUAUAUUCGCCCGGGCGCUGCUUAUGUGCUACGAUCCGACCAUACCUCGUAUCGGGCCAGGUCAGAAGAUUGCCCAACAAAAGCUUGAUGACUCAAUACGAACUCAGAUCCGCGAGCUCUGCGGGACUGCCCUGGCGAACAGGGCUACGAUCCCAGCCAUGUUCACAGCAAGCAUGGGGGUAACAAUGUGCGGGGAUCGCUUCACUGAGGACAGGGAACGGCGGGCCUUGCUGGACGUUCUGGUCAAAACGGAAACGGCCCAUUCCUGGCCGACCGGAGGCGCUCAGGAUCAUCUCAAGAAGGCCUGGGGAUGGGCCGUUGAGGCAUAA